AUGAAUGCCGUUGUUAUUGAGGGGAAAGAAGCUGUUGUAGAACAGAAUGUCCCCUUACCAGAAUAUCCAAGUAACUAUAUCCUGGUGAAGUCCAUGGCUAUUGGUGGUAAUCCCACUGACUGGAAACAUAUUGAAUAUGGUAUUGGUCCACAGAGAUCAAUUGUUGGCUGUGAUGUCUCUGGUGAGAUCGUCUCCAUGGGUAAAGACGUCGACACUUCAAAAUUUCAAAUCGGGGAUUAUGUUUUUAGUUUUGCUCAUGGUAACUGUGUAAGAAAACCAGAUAAUGGUGCAUUUGCAGAUUACGUUGCAUUAGAUUCUGAAAUAACUUUCAAGUUACCAAAGGAAACCAAAUUUAGCAAUUCUGACACAAUCUCAGAAGGGAAAGUAUCUACUUUUGAAGAAGCUGCUUCAAUUCCAUUAACUUGGUUUACUGCCGGUUGUGCAUUAUUUCAUGUAAUGAAGUUAGAAUAUGAUGUUGAUGCUUCAACUCCACAGCAUAAUUUUCCGAUAUUGGUCUGGGGUGGUGGUUCACCCUUAGGACAAGCUGUCACUCAAUUGGUCAAGAAGUACCAUGGUUACUCGAAAAUUAUUGUUGUUGCCAGCAGAAAACAUGAAAAACAACUUUUGGAGUAUGGUGCUGAUGAAGUCUUCGAUUACCAUGAUGCGGAUGUUAUUACUCAAAUCAAAAAUAAAUAUAACAACAUCCAACAUCUUUUAGAUUGUGUUUCUUCUCCAGAUACAACAUUGCAACAAGUUUAUCAAUGUGCUUCAGACACAGAAAAUGCUAUUGUAUUAAAUUUUGCCAGUCAAAAGAUCGACGGUAUUAAACAAGAGUUAAGAAGGUCCAAUGUUGAUGUUACUUAUGCAGCAGUAUACUUAUCUCUUGGUUAUGAUGUUUUUAUUGCAGGUAUGAAAUUUCCGGCCGAUCCGCUCUGUAAAAAAAAUAUGAUUAGAUACACCAAAGAAAUUAAUCCAAGAUUAUUAAACGGUGAAUUUCAUCAUCCACCGAUUGUAGUUUACAAGAAUGGUUUAAAAGGGGCCGUCAAGUUGACUAAGGAUAUUCAGAACGGUGUUAAUGCAGGUGAAAAACUUGUUGCUAUCUUCAAUUAA